AGUGGUAAACAUUUCACCUUGUGCCAAAACAAAUGUAAUGCAUAGAUGUUGAUUCCAAAUAAAACGUGUUGAAUAAUUGGUGCUGAAAACAUUGAUGUGAAGGAGCCAUAAUAUAAGUACAUUAAAGCAUUAAAAAGAAGGGGGGCCUUCUCUGUCUAUCGCAAUCUCUUCAAUAUUCUUUAGAGUGAAUCUCUGGAACUUGUGAAAAUAAUUUAGUUAUGAGUAAAAAUCAAUCUUUUCCACCUGAAUUUAUUUUGCUUGGCCUGUCAGACCUCACGGCUUCUCGGAUCCCGCUCUCUCUGUUCUUCCACCUGGUCUAUGCGGCCACAGUGGCCGGGAACCUUCUCAUCAUUUUCUUGGUGAACACCGACUCCCACCUGCAGACCCCCAUGUACUUUUUCCUGGGAAACCUCUCAGUUUUGGACACAUUCAUGCCUUCUUGUUCUGUAUCUCAUCUGUCUUUUGGUAACUUUAGUGGAAAAAUAUUGAUAUCAUACUCGUCUUGCGUUGUCCAGGUCUUCUUCUUCUCCUGGUUUGCCUACACUGAGUUCUUUCUUCUGGCCAUUAUGUCCUAUGAUCGAUAUGUUGCCAUCUGCCUUCCUCUGCAUUACACAACCAAAAUAAACAUUAAACUGUGUGUUCUUUUGGUCGCCAGCAUAUGGAUUUUCAGCUGUGCCUACUCCUUGAUGCACACGCUCAGUACGCGAAGAUUGUCCUUCCCUGAUUCCGUCACCAUCCCGGGCUUGUUCUGUGAAUUGUUUCAGCUGAUUCAACUGUCAAGUUCUGACACUUACAUCAAUUACUUACUGAUUUUUCUUGUUGGAGUGCCAUUUGCUCUCGUUGCCUUUUCCAUCACUUUCCUUUCCUAUUUCUACAUUGUCAAAACCAUCCUGAGAAUUAAAAUGAAGGACGGCAGACGGAAAGCCUUCUCCACCUGCAGUUCUCACCUCACGGUGGUCUUCAUGUUUUACGUGACUACAUUCUUCAACUACAUUCAACCCAAAAAUGACAAUUUUCUUGUUGGCCGACUAGUGUCUGUACUUUAUACAUUUUUCACCCCUUUUCUAAAUCCUGUUAUAUACAGUCUGAGGAACAAGGAACUGAAAGGUGCUGUCCGCAGAGCUCUGGUGAAAGUGACAGUAAGGUUAUGA